AUGAAGUUUUACCUCGCCAUUUUAAUUACCUGCGCAGUGGGCGCUCUUUCCGAGAGAGCUACUGUGAACUCUAUCUGCAAAGGAGUUGUCAAACUUAGUCACGAUCUGAACGAUACCUACUCUUGCUUCCAUGACCUAAAGGCCAAUCUACAUAGUGUGGAUACCUCCCACACCACACCUACGAUGCUGCCACUGUCGAAUUUGGUCGGCUGUCUACGUCAAUUUCAUAACACAGUCAACGAUACCUUUGCCCUAGACACCGAGAAGAAGUUGCCGGACCUAAAGAUGGGUCGGAGCCGGUUACAGGAAGUGAUCACCAGACUUGAAGGGAGCCAGGUACAGGAAGUGGAUUUCGACGCUAGUUUCCAUGAGAUUGGCGCGACAUAUCAGCGCCUUAACGACAUAAAGGGUAUUUUGGAUAAGAGUUUAAUAAUGAGGAUUUGCUCAAGUACCGGGAAGAUUACUGAACGAAGCUUUGAAAGUGCUACUGGUAGUGAACUUCUUGAUGCUCUUUAUAAUCUUCUUACUACUCUUCUUGGUCCUCUUGGUGAUCUUCUUGAUAUGAUUGUUGAUGCUAUUGUUAUUCUUGUUAAAAUGAUUGUUGAUCAAGUGAGUCAACAUCUCUGA